AUGUCUCGUUUCUUCUCUCAAGAGUCUCCCACUUUCUCACAAUCGCAACUCAAUUCGACCAUCGUCGUCCCUCUUGUCAAGUUCUCAUGCUCUUUAACCAAUCAAGGUGAUACCGCAGGUGCUCAAUGGACUCAUUACUCGAGAAGUGAUCUUGAACUUGUGAUUCAAGAGGUGCAAGUUAGUAGUUCAGGGAAAGAACAGCAUUUAUUGAUGAAAGUAGUGGCAGGCGCUGAGUAUUUGGAAGAACAGAAUUUAAACGAUAUUGUGAUGGUUUACAAGAACUUCGUUUCAUCUCCUGGUAGCGAGAUUCCAGUGAGAGUAGUUAUUAAACCUCCGCUUCUCGCAUUGCGUUACCCAAAGCUCAAUGAUAUUCGUAGGUUGCAAUUCAGGUUUCGUGGCGACUCAGACUUCAAUCAUGUUCUCAAUAUCUUGACAAACUUGGGUUUGACGGCAACAGAAAGUUUGCCAUCAGGGCCUGGCUUGCAAUUCCGUCCACCAACUGCAGACUCGACAUCUUCAGGAAAAUUUAGUGGGCAAUCUCCAGCUGUAGGUUAUCUUCCUUCAACCCCAAACAGCGAAUUCAAAGUUCCCAUGCGGCCAGACUCAGCUAGUUCUAUACUUCAGAGACCGAUUAGCUCAUAUACUUCCCAAUCCGACGAUUACUCCUACAUCAGACCGCAAUCUACCAUUUCAAUAUCUUCAUAUAUGCCUCAGUCUAAACCAUCUGCCGAGCCACUCAAUAGAGCACAAUUAUUAUAUGUUUCUCAGUUCGAGCGAGAGCAACAACAAAGCCAAUCCUUAAACUCUGUGAUGAAUACCUCAGAUAAAGUGCCUGCAAAUGGUAAUGCAUACAUGAAUCGAAUUUUGUUGCCAAAGCCAGAAGAAUCCCAACGUCAGUUUUCUACCUCGCCUUUCUUCGAAACACAAAGGAAGCAUUGCCUACCCGAUAGAUUGACUGCAUUUUCUUCGGUAAAUGAUCUACACAAUUCAGGGAAUUCAAUACACCAAACUGCGCUAGAAAUUUUUAGUCCAGGCGAAGAUCGUCCAUUGUCUUGUUCGACUGAGUAUCCGAUCUUCGGUGCACCAGGAAAACGCCCGAUAUCUCUUCCAACCGAGAAUGAUAUUUGCUUGGGCCUUCCCAUACCACCAAAGCGACAAUUACCAUUUGCAACUGUGAAAGAUUCUUUGAGAUCCAAAUCUGUAUCCCUAGCCGAUAGCAGUAGACAUGUUCAAGCUCCACAACAGCGAAAGCGACCGCUUGAAAAUUUCAUCAGAGAAGGUCCUUCAAAUGAGAGUAUUGCACCUGUUAGAAAGCCAGCAAAGAGACGAGUUGCAAGUCGCAAGGGUACGAAGCAUCUACCAGAAAUCAAUGGCCCAUCAAGUGAAGCGUUUUCGUCAAAAGACAGUUUAGCAAGUGACACCCUUGGCGUUCCAAUACAGACAGGAAAAUCACCUCUUCUUGAAGCUGGGAGCAUUACAAAACCAACCGUAUCAGAUUCUCUGCCGUCAAAAGUGCAAACAGAAGGAAUCAAGGCUGGACAGCAGUCUGUACCAACUCCAAAAAUGGCGGAUAGAUCUACUCAAACUCAAACUCUUUCAGGUCGAGACCACACAGCGGCUCCCAAACCUGCUUCGAAUGCUCCUGUCGUGGACCUUCAGUCGAGACUACCGACAGCAUUUGUAUUACAAGGAGAUUUGGAUCUCGUUAUGUCAAGAUACAGUUCAGGCUCGCGGGUAAAUCUACCGCCAAAUUACAACGAUCUUCCCGAUGACAAACGGCAUAAAUUGAUCAACGAUUUUAUCAUCAAAAACUUAGAGAAUGAUGACUUUCUCAAAUUAUCGGAGGAUAUGGAUGUUUCUUGGCGUAGGAUGGGUCUUACAAGAUAA